AUGUUGGGGCCACCUUGGUGCGAGGAUGUCUAUGGCCUCGGCCGUUUUGAGCGGAAUGCCAGCCAAAGUGAUGCUGGCAUCGAGCUCACCACCCUCGAUACGGGCCAGCGCGAGCAGCUUGGCAAUCUUGGCAAUCUUGGCAGGAGGAGCAAAAUGGGUCUGACCAGUGGCGUGCGCUUGCAGCGUGGCAGUAUGACUCAGCCAUCCAUCAUUGCGCAGGACGCUGGUGACGGCAAUGCCACCAACAGCACCCCAAAUUGUACAGACAACUUCACUGCCUGGAAUGAUACGAACUACACUGGGUUGCCACCUUGUCCGGAAGUCCCUGAGCCUCCGUGCUUCACGGACAACUGCUGGGGCACGGUGGCAAGAGAGGCGAGAAAUUCAUGCAUGGAGUUAACAAACUGGGGUGCAGAUGCAGGCCGCUGCCUCUUUUUCCAGGACUCUGCAUCACAAGUGUGUAACGCUACAUGUCAGGACUGUGCCCAGAUAGCGUCUGCCAUGUAUGAUGAGUGCCUUUUCACGCUGCUUGCGGCCACAGUUCAGUAUGACGAUGCAAUACCAACCUGCGAGGGCCUGGCGGAGGAUUUCCAGAAGCUUCGGUGCCCUACAGCGCUGAUUGAAACUACCUCCACUUGCUACGGUGCCGAGAACGAUGCUUGCCAGGCUGAGUGUGGCAAUUGGCACAAGUGCGAUUGCUGGAAGUUGAGGGGCAUUGCCGGUGAACCGGAUCGGUGUGAGGGCGAGACGGAGCUGCUGCGCUGGGAUGGUGUCCCGGACAACUGCGAUCGGAUGCCACGGUCGUGCUUCAACCACAGACCGGGCACAUUGUGCGCAAAAUACAGACACUGCCCGGCCAACCUCUGCAUCAUCCAGGACAAGCAGUGCCCACUGACGGAUAGCUGCCAAGCUGUGGGAGUAUGUGCGCCAAGCGAUGGCCAGUGUUAUUACUCUACACUUCCAGAUGGCAGUCCGUGUGAUGAUGGAUUGUUCUACACGCACACGGCUGUCUGCAUCGGGGCCGUUUGCCAAGGCAUCGAGGACAAGUGCAUUCGCUUUAACGUGAGGUGUGAGACAUUGAACUCUUGCCUGGUCCCGACAGACAAAGUCAGGAACGCUUGCGAUCCAUCAACGGGGAGCUGCGUCUUUGAAGCCAAGCCAGACGGUACUGCCUGUAGCAGCCAACCGAAUGGCCUCGUCGACGGCACCUGCGAUGCGGGGCUCUGCCGACGGACUGUGUUGAACAAAUGCAUUGGAAAAGUCUGUGCUAGCAAGGAUUUCUGCAGCGGACAAGCAGCUUGUGAUCCAUGGACGGGCGAUUGCAUCUUCACACCAGAGCCCGAGGGUAAGGCCUGCGACGACGGCAAUCCCAACACCUACCGUCAGCGGUGUGUCGAGGGUCAGUGCGUCGGAGACCUUGUCUCGGAGCCGUUGUAUGCCUUCGAAGGGUGGACGACAUGCGACGGAAAAGCCGGUAUUGAUUCCAGCGUUGGACGAUAUUUCGGCAAUGUUCUCGCAGAAGCCGAAUGCGAGGAGCAAUGCUCUCAAGACGUUCUCUGCCGAGCCUACUCGUAUGGUUACUACGUGUGUUACAUCUAUGGAGGACAACGCACUGUCGAUCCCAGCGAAGAGUUCUGGAACAAGAAGUGGAUGCGUCUGGAGCCCGCUGCAAUGCCUGCAGUAUCUCAUGGCGUCUCCUGCUUCAGUAAGCAGGACAGCGCCAGAGCCCGGCCAUUUUUUGACGAGAAGGCUGCAUGGUUCUUUAUCACUGUUCUGAUUGUGGUUGUUCUGCCGGCCUUGUGGGGCUUGGUGAUGGUGUGGCGACCUCUUUCACGCUCCUUCAGGUCACUUACUGGUUGUUGCGGCGGCGUGCCGAACGACGAGGAAUUUGAAGAGCCGGUGAAAGAAGGUGGGCCGAUGAGACAAACACGGAAAGAACAGCUGAAGAGAUCAGGGUCGCAGCUCUCCGAGGGCAACUCGGACUCCAAAGUGCUAGCAUCAGAGGGAUACUGGCCAGAGGAUGACCUGCCAUCUGAGAGCAGCUCACGCAUGAGCGUGGAUGCUCUGGCAGAUCAUCCCUCCGCCGUCCCGUCGGAUGAUCUCGAGCAGGUCAAGCUGCACAAGGUCGCGCCGGAGGAGUCCCCUCGAUCACCGAAUGAUCCUCGGGGCCAGGUGCAGCAGGACCUGGCACACCAGGGCUCAGCAGGGGAGCUCUCUACUGAGGCCAGCAAGACAAGCAAGGCUGACUUGAUGGACUACGCGCGGCUGUUCGAUAGCCAUUGCAAGCAACCCCACGCAGCGGGCACCCGAUCUGUUGCGACAUGUUGCCACGUUAUGCUUCAGACUGUCGACGGCAAGCCACAACAGAUGCCGCUAUCGUGGGUGCAGCGAGCACAGCAUGCGCAGCUCCGGGUGAACAAGUUUGCACAGUACUCAGAAAACGAGAUCAAGUGGUCAUGUACCGCCAUGGUCGAGACAUUUGGACAUCUCACGAACCGUAGCAGCUGCUUCAAAAUUACCCCUGCAUGUUAUGACGAGCUCGCGAGUCAUGUCUGGUCCUACAAAUAUGUGCUGGCCUGCAUGCCUUCAUGCCUUGACCUAGCUUCUGAGCCCGAAGCCAACGUAUGCUUGAAUGGCCUUACGGUAGCUGUUCCUCUUCGCUUCUGGUGUGGGCGGGACUCGGUCCGAGAAGUGACAGAUGCCCAGAAGGAGGACGACAGCAACGAUGAAAAUGAAGCUCCGCCGGAGUACUUGGUUCCAACGCCGAGGAGGUUUGAUGUGGGAAGCUCGGAAAUGCUGGCACCUGGAUCAUGCAUUCGACCUGAUCCGCUGGCCCCGACGAUGAAGACGGUUGCGACCAUGCGGUCAUUCUGGGAGAGCAAGGUGCGGGAAAAUGCGGGAAGCAAGGAAGUGGAGCGAGAGGCUAGGUGGUCAAAGGUGUCCAAUAUCGAGUUCCGAAAGAAUGCUCAAGGCCCUUCCUGGCUAAAAAAGGAGCUUACAAAGCUCCAAGCGCACGUGGACGCAAACAAAGGGCGCUUGCUGGAGCUCAGCCUUCGCCUUCGUGGCCAAGAUGACAACUGCUUGGAUGAUGAGCACAGCACGCGAUGCUCCAGGAGCCCAUCAUCAAAAAGCAGCUGCGCAACCAGCUCCGACUCAGACAUAUCAAGAAGUCAAGAUGUCCCAGAGGAUGAUGAACUUCUAACGAGUCUCAAGUCCCUGAGACAUGACUUCAGCAAGGUCAACCGGAAGACUGUGGCUCUUUUCGAGGAGGUUCUCGAGAGGUGUUUGCCAAAAGAGAAGCUCCGUCCCAGAAUAAAGAAUUCCCUGGCUGUGGAGGUGCCCUCCCUUCAGGUGGAUUUCUGA